GAUGAGAAGAAUCAAAUGAUGACAACAAACGUUUGGCUGAAACAGGAAUGGAACGAUUAUAAACUGCGCUGGAAUCCAUCAGAAUUUGAUAAUGUGACAUCUAUUAGAGUCCCGUCAGAGAUGAUUUGGGUGCCUGAUAUUGUUUUAUACAAUAAUGCGGACGGUGAGUUUGCGGUGACCCACAUGACCAAAGCCCACCUGUUCCACACUGGAAAGGUGAGUUGGGUUCCUCCAGCCAUCUACAAGAGCUCCUGCAGCAUUGACGUCACUUUCUUCCCAUUCGACCAACAAAACUGCAAGAUGAAGUUCGGCUCCUGGACCUACGACAAGGCCAAGAUAGAUCUGGAGCAGAUCGAGAGCACCGUGGACCUGAAGGACUACUGGGAGAGCGGUGAAUGGGCCAUCAUCAAUGCUGUGGGAACCUACAACACAAAGAAAUACGACUGUUGUCAUGAGAUCUACCCGGACAUCACCUACUUCUUCAUCAUCCGCCGUCUGCCUCUGUUCUACACCAUCAACCUCAUCAUUCCCUGCUUGCUCAUUUCUUGUUUGACCGUCUUGGUGUUCUACCUGCCAUCCGACUGUGGAGAGAAGAUCACAUUGUGUAUUUCCGUCCUCCUUUCCCUCACCGUUUUCUUGUUGCUCAUCACCGAAAUCAUUCCCUCGACGUCUCUGGUCAUUCCACUGAUUGGAGAGUACCUGCUCUUCACCAUGAUCUUUGUCACCCUCUCUAUAGUCAUUACUGUUUUUGUGCUUAACGUGCACCAUCGUUCACCAAGCACUCAUAAAAUGCCCCGUUGGGUCCAUUCGGUGUUCCUGGACCUCAUUCCCCGCUGGCUCUUCAUGAGACGCCCGGAACCUGAUCAGAAACGCCGCAAUACGCCAAACCUCAGCAAGUCCAAAAGCUGGCUUCAUCAGGAGACCGAUGUGGACGGGCUGAACUGUCAGGACAUGGAGUUCGGGUUAGGGAUGGGAAUAUCCACGUCCAUCUCUUCCCCAUCCGCCACGUCUCUGCAUCUGUCCGACUCGGAGCCUUUACUCCAGAAGUACGAGCUCCAGCAGUUAGGACACGUGGUGAACCUGUGUCAGCGUUCAGCAAAUCUCACAAAUCUCACGUCAGACCCCAGUCUGACCUUCUCACCGUGUGUCCUACGAGCUCUGGACGGGGUGCGGUACAUCGCUGAUCACCUGCGUGCUGAGGACGAAGACUUCUCAGUCAAGGAGGACUGGAAAUACGUGGCAAUGGUGAUUGACCGAAUCUUUCUGUGGAUGUUCAUCAUCGUGUGCCUGCUGGGGACGAUCGGCCUCUUCUUACCUCCCUGGAUUUCAGGAAUGAUCUGAGCGCUCGCUUCAAGAGCCGAGAUACAGAGCGACGAUAAAGACUUCCCUGAUGGAAGCCAAGGCCUUUUCCAGGGACCAUUACAAACAUUUGUUAUAUGAAAAAAGUAUUUUUAUUUCAUCUUUUCCUUUGAUGAGAGAUACCCGCUCUUCAGGGAUUAUUUGAGAAUGUGGUUCAUUGUUACAGCGCAGGAAACACAAGUCACCUCUCUCUGAAUGCCUGACAUUUACCAUUAUCAAACUGCACCCGAGUCCUGUCUCCAUGCAUAAAGGGCGGGACCGUCAGCGCCGCAAUAUGCAAAAUUAACCUUUGGGAAAGAGGCAAAGCUUAUGUGACCCUGACGGGUGGCAGUUCAAUUCAGUUCACUCUUUACCCUUUAUCCAACUGUUCAAUGAAUCGUAGAUUGCAUUUCGUGCCGCUUUCAACAGCAAUUAUCUCCAAGGUCAGAAGGCAACUACUAUUUAUUUAUAACUUUCUCGAGUCUUUGAAAAUGCAAUGCUUUUGAUAUUGCGGAGGUCGUGCAAUUAUGCAAGUUGGGUCUGUGAACCAUGUGGGUCAAUGACUUUUAAAUGGGACCUGAGAGAAAAAACACAUUUACUACUUGAAAUGCCCACUGAACUAAAAUAGUGUUUUGCCAAACAAUGAAGAGCAAUUAAAGCCAAAAUAUUAGAUAACAACUAGGAUAGGCCUUUAUCUGCUGUAAUCCAGAAUGAAUCAUUACAUAAAAAUGUCUCAGUCGGGUUUACCUAAUGAUUAAUAAACCGACUCUAUCUGACACACAUAUCCCUUAAUAGCUUCAUUUUACAGCUGUGUAAAAAUGAUAAAUGAGACAAUAUAAGCGAUGUCGCCCUCUGCUGAUGGUUGUGUAAAACAACUGAUUUAAAUCCAGGAUUCAUGAAAUGUGCAAUUAAAUAAAAAUGGAUUUAAAAUGAAUUAAAACAUGGCUAAAUAAAAAAAAUAAAACAUAAAAACAUAUUUGAAUAAAAUGUAAUAUUUAAAUAUAUAUUAACAUAUAAUAAUAAAAUAUUGGUCAAAAUGUGAGCUCUAAAAUUUCAAAACAUAGGCUUAAUGAAAAUAUAUUGAAUUUUUUCAUAUAUUUAAAAAAAGACAAAUAAAUAAUUGAAUUCAUAAUUUAUAGAGAUGCUGAAAAACAAUAAACACUAAACCAAUCCAGAUUUUAUUUCCUUGCAAUUUUAAGUAAAACUAAAAAGAAAAACUAUCUGAAUUGCGAAAUGUUGAUUUGCAAUUAGGGCUGCAACUAACGAUUAUUUUAAUAAUCGAUUAAUCUGUCGAUUAUUUUUUUCGAUUAAUCGAUGAAUCGGAUUAAAAAAAGAAAAGCAUUCAUUUCCAACCCUUUAUUCAAAAACAGAACUAAAAUCUUUAGAAAGUGCACAAACAUGUUGCUCCUUGAACAUCCCUGAGCUGUUAUAAUAAUAAUAAAAUAAAAUAAAAAUGGACUAACACAAAAAACAUACACAUGUAUGCUUUACAUCUGCCAAAUAUAUAGACU